AAAUAUUCUAUUCAACCAUCACAUGUUUUUUAGAAUAUAAACAUGAAUACACCACAAACAAACCCACCUUAACCAUGUGCCUGAUGACGUCAUAGGUUUGAGAACAUAAUAAGAUUAUUUUUAUGUCUCCAUUUUUAACCAACACAUUAUGUGAGCUAAUCCCUCGGUCUAUAUUUGCAGCAGACUUCAAUUAGUUAGCAUUGAAAAAUAUUAUAUUUAGUCAUGCUUGUGAGUUUAUUUUAGGGAAUACCGUUAGACAAAAGGGAAAAUAAAGGACAACCAUUUAGCCUAGUUUCCAGAGACAACUAGCCUAUUUCAAUCCUACAUAAAACAGUUCUUGAGUACGAGUUUGCCAGAUAUGAAUAUUUUAUUUUGACCGAAUCGCUUGACAAUGUUUUUUACUUUAAUUUGAUUGAAUUUGGAAGAAAACUUUGGAAUUAUGAAACUUUUUUGUCAAUAAUGGCCUACAAAAGUUCAACAGGAAAGAAUGUACUUAAAUUAUUGAUGAAAAGAUCGAAUCACACCACUCUGCAACUCUAGAGAAUCCUACAAAUUAACAAAUUGAACCCUAUUAAUACUAGGCACUAACUAGAGGGGGUUGGAGUGGAUUUAGUCACCUCAAUAACUUUCGAUUGAUUAGGCUGUGUGCAGAAGUGUUGAUACAGGGCAAAAGAGGAGGGGUAAUGUCUUACUAAUAAAGGACCAUGCUUGAGUUUUGUGGGAGGAAAUUUUUUAAAUUGCAUUUUUCAGAAUACUAAGAAGUGAUGUUACUUUUAUUUUUGGCGAAAACUUGAAAAAAUCUUUCAUUUUGAUCAUAAUAUGGAAGAAAUGUUGCCAAUACGUGUGGUUACAAAAAGUUUUGUAAGUUCGCUAUAGUAAACCGAUUUCGGUUUAUUCUUUUCUUCAUAACUGGACUGAUUGAAUAUUCACCUGCCUCACGACAUGACAAUAAAUAUCUUUUUACUUCCGCUAAAUCAGUACGACUAAUAAAUUUUGUAUUUGUUUUCACUUCAGCUAACCAUUCUUCAAAACGUUUUCUGUGCUCGUCAAGCUUUUGUUCCGCCAUUUUGAAUACCACGAGGGGAGUGAUUAAAAUAAGAACUCACAGUUAAACCAAUUUGGGAAUUUCCGAUUCGUUUAAACCGAGUUGUAUUUUUGGACAACUUGGUUUAAUAUUUCACUUGGGUUACAACAUAAUCAUAUUUCUAAGCAUAUCUAGGCGGCGAUUCCUCAAAAUUGGCAAGAAUAAAAACUUGGUAAUGUCAGUGAUUGUGGUAUUAUGUCAUCAGUUUUCUAGAAUUCCUGUUUAUACAAAGACCAUUAUUAGUCGGUCGAUUGGUUCGCAUGCAAAUCUUGUUUUUUAAUGGCUUCUAUGUUAUUAUUUCUUACUAUUUAGGUUAUAUUAACCUUUUAUGACAUUAAAAAAAGUGAGUAAAAAAAUUGCUAAAGAAUCUACAACUUUUCUGGGACAACCUUUUGUGACUUUUCCAUUUGUAGCUCCCAAACGUUUUUAAAAAUGCUACUCAAAGUAUAUUUGAAGUUUGUCAAGAGAAAAAAAAUAUUUAGAAUGACUUUUACCUUUUUUAUAUAGAAACCACUGUAGAACUGUAGAAAGUUUAAAGCGAUCGUGGAGCUUUGUCGUGUGCGUUCCAGCAUAGCAUAUUUCAAAAGGUAAGGAGGUGGCAAAGGUGUUCCUAAGAUUUGGUGUGCAAAUUAUUUAAAAAAAGGUCCUAAGAUUUAUUUUUGCUGUUGUUUUUGUUGGAAUACAUGUCAUAUAUAGCUCUGUAAACAAAUUCUCUCCUCUCUGUUCCUAGAUAACCUAAUUAUCCCUCUCACAUUUCUGUGAAGUUGCUUAGCAAUCAAGUGAAAGAACGUUAACAAAUAAAUUUUGUUAAAAAAGGUAUUAAAUAAAAAGUCCACACGAGAUGUUUUGGAGUCAUGAAAUCAGAAAAACAGAAAACUUUAUAACUUAUCAACCCUAUAAUAUUUUUAGGUAGCCUGUUAAAUCGUUCUUGGUACUGAGCCAAAUGUUACACUUGUUACAAUCUUGCAAAUGCUAGUAACUCUGUUUUGAUAAAAUAAGCAGAUACUGUACAGAAACAAUAAAUCCAGUAGCUUAAUCUAUUAGUCGGUUAAGGAGCGAUAUUAUUCGGGUUUUUGUAUGGAAUUAAACUUUGGUGUGCAGCUUCGCCGCCAUUUUAUCUGUGGUUUUUGCAAGGCAAAAACAACGGUACUUUUUGCAUUAGUGAGGUCAUUUUUACUCACUCGAACAUGUUUUUUUGAGAUGACUGUCUCCAUCGGUCGCUACGUAGGGACGAGUUCUCGACGGUGGUGGCACAGUGAAGCAGGUCCAGCCAUGAGUGUAAGUUGCUAUUGAUUUGUUAUAUUAAUUUAGCCUUUUUAAAACGAAGAAAAAGUUGUCUGACGGUCUCACCGGUAUGUCACCGUACUAGUAUGUCUUGUUGACGUGGCACAUAUAACGCUAAAAACAAGUUAAAACUUAUAGAAAACAGAUUUCCUCCCUCAACCAAAAGAUUAGUACUGGUUUUCACAGUGAAAAUUUUGAUGGUUGUUAGGAACCUCGUUUCCAGGCCAAUUUUUCGCUUUUUCAAUAUCCGAGACGGCGCGAUAUCAAAAAGUGAAAAAUUGGCCUGGGAACGAGGUUGUAUAGGUAACUUCAAACACGUGUUUUUUUUGUUUUUUUUUUAUUGUUAAAAAUCUUUUAUAUCCUUGAUAUGUUUUUUUCUGAUUUUGUAUACACUUUAAAUUAGAAGGAAUUUGAGCGAAGUUCAGAAUUGUUGAUCGACAAAGUUUUGUCACUUUUCGGUAUUAGGUUUGGUUUGCACUUUCAAACUUUUGUUCUCUAUAUAUAUUCGUUUUUUGCCCUAAAGCAUUUAAUUACAAAGUUUCUGGUGAGCCUAAUGUACUCAUAUGAAGCACAUGCUUCGAGAGAAAAUUCAAAAUUGUAGGAGACAAUGAGAAUUCAUAUCUUCACCAACAAUAAUAUGUGUGGAUUACUGCUGCAAGAUAUUUUUGUUGUAAUGACGCUUUGGGAGUGUGAUCACGGACGUAUUAACCUAACCUAAAAAAACCUGAGGAAAACAAGAGAUAUAUCGCUAUCACUUAUCAAUAAAAUUUUCAUCACAUAACAGUUUGGAUUUUAGCAACCCUUCACAAAAUUAAGUGAAACAAUCAGUAUUUCCUCUGCAUAAUUGAAUUAAAGGGUUGUAGCCGCAGCAACUUUCUCGACUCUAAGGCCGAAUAUUUCCUUUUGGACAUCUUCUUUAAAGUUGGGUGUUAAAAAGACAUCAAAAGGGCGCAAGUUGAAAGGAAUAAGAAAAUAUUAUUGAGCGGUAGAAAAACUGAGUUUUUUCCAUUGUUAUUAAAAAAGGAAAUUGAUGGGAGUUUUGUUUUUACUUUUUUCCGCCCUACCACAAUGGGCGUAAUUCGCUCACUUCUGGUAGAUUAAUUUUUUUUUAACAAUAAAUAAAAAGUAAAACGCGGCUAGUACAUGUUUAAAGCCAAUCCUGUGAAGCAAUUAAAAAUUAAAAACCUCAGGGUCGGGCGCACCCCCCUCUCCACCUAAACCUCAACAAUGUUAAAUUUGUGGACCUGUAAAAUGUCGUGUUUAAAAUUUGAGGGCUUUUAUCACCAAACCUCUCUCGCCAUUGGGUUUCAUUCUUGCCAGAGCUUAUAAAAUAAUACUUUAAAAGUGACAUAAGCAUAUUAUAGUUAAACUAACGCUGUCACCUUUCUGUGGCAGGUGUAAAAGAAGUGACAGGUUGCAAUUCUACAUAGCUAAGAAGAAUGUUUAUUUGUUUGUUUUCUUUUGUUGUUUGAGCUAUUUGAGAAAUGCUUUUGUUUGCACUUGUUAAUGCCAUUCUCAGACUAGAAAUGUCUGCACAAUCACAAGUUUCUUUAAAAUAAAACAGUAUUGAGAAGUGAAAGUUUGCCGUAUUUGAUGUCGGUAUGUUUUUUUUCUUCUUUAAUAAUAGUCGAAUCUGUUCGUCCGCAAUAAAAGUGUUGUGCAACGGGCACACAAAAUAGCUUGUAAUAUAAAGACGGACAACCCCGUGGAUUUUUUUCACGGUUACGACUAGUAUAUUUUUAUUCCCUAAGAUGGUAAGACGACCAAAACGACGGUCCUACCAGGACGCCUUGCGUUAAUAAAACUUUCUUUGGCUUUCAAAGUCUUUAUCAUCCGAUAUGUGUUUUAUGAAUAGUAUAAAUUGUUUUAUCUAGAGAAAGGAUCAUAAUGACAACAACGUCUUUUUACAUAUGUCAACACUUUUCGCUGUAUGAUCAGAAUUACCCCUCAAAAUGUCUAUUUUAGCUAUCUUAACAUCCCUUCCUGGUGCUGAAAAAUAGUAUUUUCUUCCUCAACGAAGUUAUUUCAAAAUCAAUGAAUCCAUGUUGUUGCUAAGACGAAAUUACACACUUUUUGUAAGAACGCAUUUGUAAAAGAACCAUGCACUAUAGCCAAAAUAUUAAGAAUAUCUUAAAAAGGUGUAAUCAUUAGUCCCAAAGAAAUUGACGGUAAUACAGCAUUUUUGUAGUGAUGAUGAAUAUGAUUGUUAAUGAUGCAGUAAAUUAUAACGAGAAGUUGGAUCGACAUUUUGAUUCACGGAUAUUCCGUCCAACCUCUAUGGACAUUAUCAACGUAUAUAAAGUUUUAUAAUCAAAACAUUAAUUGAUAUUUUGUCACCAUUAAUCUGAGAGUCAUUUAAGAAUUGAUUAAAGGCUACUAACAUCAGUUUUCUAAGAAUCGCUAAAACAAAAAAAGGAUGGUUCUUAUUCAAUUUUUGUCUAAAUUGCAUCGUGAAGAAAUCAUCUGCGAAGGAGAUGAAGUUUAGUAAAAAAAGAUACUGUUCCAUCAUCAUAUAUUCUCUUGAUAUUGUUCAGCAAACAGAAUUUAAAUUAAAAAAACAAUAGGAAUCAUAAUAGAAUAAAAAGUAUAUAACAAAAAAAAGAUGGCAAUUAACUCUGCUAGCAACGACAACAACAAAAAGUAAAAGCAUUUUAUUUUAUAACUUGCAAGUGACUUUAAAGUCAUUUGCCAGAAAAAUAAAACACUCUUUUUACAAAUCGAAAGGGCAUAAAAGAAGAAGAAGAAGAAUACGAACAUUUUGUCUGGAAUACAUGACAGAAAAACUAAAUCAGAUUGUGCUUCAAUAUGGUAGUGAAAACACCAUGGCAAUUUGGCGAGCGCACAUUCAAUGAACCAAACAGUGGGGCUGUAUUUCCAAAGUUAAAAGUUGAACAUCCAUUGAGUAGACUUAGUCACCCAGAUAAACUCAGUUUGCGAGGGGUUUCAAGGAUUGGUUCAUUGAAAAGUGAAAGAACAACCAGAAAUGACAAAGAAACAAACACGAGAUUCUCAAGUAUGGCUUUACCAAACAUUCCCGAGAAUAUAAAAGUAACGGUCGCCGAAGAUAGAAGCAAAGUUCACAUGCCUAUAUUCGGAAGUGGUGCUUCAUUGAGCAACAGGAUUGACAGUCGGUUAUCUGCAACAAGUACAACUAUUCUUCAUGAAAGCAAUGGAAGCCGUAGUAUGUCUACGAUUGAGCUUGAAAGCAUUUUAAGAAACAAGAUGAAGACCGGUUAUUUCUCUGCAAAGAAUUUGUUCAUAUCAUAUGAUCCAGAAGGACGCGGUGAUGUUAAAAGGGAAGCUUUGCAUCGCAUCUUAUGCACCUUUUUAGCUAUGAAAUUGUCCUUUAGUCAAUUCAACAGGCUGAUGAAAAGACUUGGCUUUGAGAAUGCUAAAACUGUUGCAUUUGAUGAUUUUUAUUUGUUAUUCAAAAAAUCUAAUUUGAAAGAGAGCAGUGAAUAUCCCAGUUGGUUCGGUAAGGAGGAUACAUCACGUGAUUCAUAUACAGCCAAUGAAGUUCACACUCAGCUCAAAAUUGCUGCGAGUAAAAGCUUCAACAACUUGCUCGAUCUUCUUGAUCUGGAUGAAGAAGAAACAAUAAUCAAGCCGAUUUUCCGUGAUCAACUUCAAAAAAUUGGAUACGUCAUGACGCCAACAGAAUAUGAAAAAUUAUGGAGAAAAUACGAUAGUCACAACACAGGUGUCAUUGACACAAACAAGUUAAGCGACAAACUACUUCCAACCCGCUCCACUAGUGUUAAUUCGCGUCAGGCGCGCAGGAGUUGUACGUCAAACAUGCAAUCACAGCGCCAAUCUUCUAUUACUAUUGAGAAGUGGCUUAGCAAGAAAUUUCGUGGUGGUAUUCACGAUAUGCACUAUGCUUUCAAAGAAUUCGAAGUUGACGAUACAGUGACAAGGGAGGAAUUUUUACUAGUGUUGAGGGAUUACGGUCUUGUACUAAACGAUGACACACUGGAUCUGUUUCUGCAAAGAUGCGAUGUGCCAGUUGGGUCGCGCAUACAAUACAAAGCAUUCAUGAAGAUGUUUCAAACAAAAUGCUCUGAUUCAAAGAUUAAUAAAAUAACUGGCGACAGACCGAUGAGGCAGUACGAGCAGAGCAUCAAGUCAAAUAUCUCUUCCAUUGAAGAAUGUCUUUUGGACAUGUUCCAAGGCGAUUUGAUCCGACUUAAAAAUAAAUUUCGCAAAAUUGAUCAGUCCAACUCAGAAUGUAUAUCUGACAUCGAAUUUCGUGCUGCAAUUGAGAGCUUCUUUAAUGUCUCUUUAAAAGAUGGAGAUUUUCAAGAGUUUAUGAAAAGUGUUCCAGUCAAUGAUGAUAACAAAGUGCGGUAUUUGCAAUUCCUGGAAAGCUUUGAUAAUAAAAAUUCGAAAACUAUUUUCGACAGUUCAUCAUCGGUAGAUGAGCGUGAAAUAAGCAAUAUAACUCGCUGUGGAUCAAGAACGUCUACUGCCUCCAGAGUCGACCUGCAUAAAGAGCGAAAUGUGCAAGAGAUAUACUUUGCUGUGAAAUCGGUGUUAAAGCAACGCUUUGAGGAAGUUGAAAGGAUAUUUUACGACAUCGAUGUGAAAAAUACAAAGAGAAUGACGCAAGAAAUGUUGCAGCAUCUUUUAAGGAGAGUCGGAAUAAAGUUAUCAGAAACUGAAACACGAAAGCUGUGGGACACAUUGAUUACAGACCAAAGAGGAACAGUAGAGUUUACAUAUUUUGCUCGCCAUUUUGCGUAUUCCUUAAAAUCGGCAGCCUUUCCAAAUGCUAAAACUCGUCCACCAGUGAAAGGGGAUGUUGAUUUCCGUAUGCAAUCAAAUCAUUUGAAUAGCAGUCGAGAUCUAAUUAGAAAUUACGUUAAAACGUCUCUGGAAGCAAAUUAUACUAAACUAAUGGAAAAGUUUUUUGAAACAGACCAUAAUAAACCAGGAUAUGUUUCAGCGGAUGAAUUCAAGAAUAUUUUGCAGACCGUGAGUUGCGAGAUAACGUCAAAAGAAGUUGAAAUACUAGCUGAAAGGUUUUCAAAAGACAAUAAGAUACGCUGGCAGGAAUUUAUAAAACAUUUAAAACCGAAUAAGCUAAUUAGCAGAACAGGAAAUAACAUGCGCGAGAUCAUGAAACAUCCACAACUAGACGUGAGAUUGAGUUCAAUAUCAGAAAAUCCAGAAAAAGGAUUGCCAAUGAUUAGUUCUCAAAUAAGAGAGAAGGUAAUGUCUGCCAAAUGGAAGGAUAUCCGAAGAUUGUUUAAACAAUACGACCGCACGAGCCAAGGCUACCUGUCCAUUACCGAAUUCAAAAAUAUUUUAAAACUUUGUGAUAUUGUUCUAGAUGAGAACGAUAUGUACUAUCUCAUCUCCAAACUGGAUAAAAAUUUACAAGGCAGAGUGAAUUUUGAGGAAGUUCAAAGCAUAUUUUCAAAUCAUUGAAGUCAAAAAAGAAAGGGCUUGCCUAAACUUAUAUCAAUAUUGUAUUAACAGUAAAGGUAUUAGACAGAAAAUGUGCAGGAUACUUUUGCAAAAUGAUAUUACGAACCUGCAUCUUUGAAUGGUAACUGAAUAUUUCAUGACAAUAUUUAGUUAAACAUACAUACGUAUUUUCUGAUACUGCAAUGGAUUUUAAAGAUUUAAUCUGCGUUUCAAGGAAUAACUUGUUAUGCAUAUAUGAAAAAAAAGCUAGAU